AUGCAACGAUUCUCUGAGAUUCUCUUUCUUUUUCUUUUGACACUCGUCGGUUUGACUGUGUCGACGAAAGAGGAAAAGUUGAGGUGUUAUUGCACAAAGAACACAGAGUCCGUCAAAUGCGACGAGAAUAACGAAUGCUACACAACGGGAUUUUGCUUGAUGUUGGAUCAUCCGACGCAUGGACGUCACUACACAUGUCACAGUCGCGGUCUUGAUCAAGAUUGCACGACUCGAACCGCUAAAUCAGGAUUGUCUGUGGAUGUGUGCGGUUGUAAAGACGCUGAUCGAUGCAAUCUCAAUCGAUGGCCGAAAUCGGACAGAAGUGAACGGGGUGACGGUGCGGACGCGAGCGCGAUGAACGGAGUCUCGACAAGUUUUCCCCUUUUCACAAUCCUCUCCUCCAUCAUCGUCUUCACCAUUUUCACAUCA